AUGACUCCCAGCAGCUCUCAGUUUUUUGAAUAUAAAUCGUUCUCUCUGCGCUGUGAGGAGGACGACAGCUCUGCUGGAUGGACGCUGUGGAGGAACACCAAAAAACGACAGAGGACUAAGUGUGGAGUUGACUGGGGAUUAUCAGCUGGUUCCUUCUGUAACAACACUGUAACAUUCCGCUGGGACACUGGAGUUUACUGGUGUGAGUCCAGAGAGGGAGCAACCAGUAACAGCAUCAACAUCACUGUCACUGAGGGAUCAGUGAUCCUGCAGAGUCCUGUCCUCCCUGUGAUGGAGGGAGAUGAUGUCACUCUGCACUGUAAAACAAAGACCUCCAACCUCCCAGCUGAUUUCUAUAAAGAUGGCUCCCUCAUCAGAACUGAGCCUGCAGGUCACAUGACCAUCCACCAUGUUUCCAAGUCUGAUGAAGGCCUCUACAAGUGUAACAGCAGCAGUCAUGGAGAGUCUCCAUCCAGCUGGAUCUCUGUCACAGGAAAAUCUGCAACCACAGCCCCGCCCCCUGCAUCAACAACCUCAUCCCUCAUAUCAGCAACCCCACCUCCUGCAUAUGAAGCCCCACCCUCCGACUCUGCAGCCCCGCUCCCUGUCUCACCAACCCUCCAGCUUGUGUUCACACUGGUCCGCCACCUAGUGGUCUUCUGUCCGUACUUCAUCUCCACUGUCCUCAUGGUGUCUUUAUAUCGACACAGACCCACAGGAAAAAACCUUCCUGUCUCCAUGACAACCCACCUCCAUGACCAGGCUGCAGGCAGAUUGGCUGAGGACUAUGAUGACGUCAUGGAAGUUACCACGGAGCAUCAGUUCUGAGCUGAACUCGUCAGGCACAGUAGAGCUGGAACAAAAGAAAAACAUUUACAGUAUGAAGUUUGUUCUGUUGCUUUUCUGUCAACAUCAGUCUUUGUAACUCUGAAUAUUUUUAUUUACUUUAACGUUAUGUCUGAGCUGCGCUGGAGUGACUGCAGAGUCAAUGAGUGUGUUUUCUACAGAUUAGUCAGGUAGAAAACUUGUAUUUGUUGUGAUAUGGUAAACUGAGGUAGACUUUCUCUUCAGCAUCUAGCCUGUCCGUUAUUAGAUCUGCAGGUAUGUUUAUAUG